UUAGAGGAAUGGAAUUGCAAAAUACACAGGUUAAGCUCUUACCACCUAAUUGCACAUCAAGGCUUCAACCUUGUAUUAUUGAUUUUAGUAAUGAAGAAGAAAUAGAGCAAGAAAGUGAGAAUGAAUUAGUUGCUGUCAUAGAGAGGGGUGUUGCGGCCUUAAGUGAAACAGAAGAGCCUUUAGAUGAUGCAUCAAUUAUUUGUUUAGUUCAGGAGGAAAACAAUGAUGAAAAACAGAAUGAGGAAGAAGAUAGUGAUGAAGAAA